UUUCCGGAUUUCUAAAUUUCAGCGGCAAACCAUCCGUUUCUGACUAAUAUACUGAUAUCAUCACCUCUUUUAAGAAAUGUAGAACAAGUGAUUAUUUACAGGUUAGAGGAGUAGUAUAGUGUAGUUUAGUCGAUUCAAUAAGUGUUGUUCGUUUGUUGUUUAUGGUGUGUGGCCCAUCCCAGUUCGCUGUGAAUGUGUGUGCCGAUUCCAUAAGAUUCUUUUAUUAAACAAUUAAUGGAUAAUAUCUGUUGCUGAUAAGUUUUGUAGGCAAGUAUGCCUGAGGACAAAAACAUGGCAGUAGACAGUGAAUUGCCCCAAAAAAAUAAGUCUACUACUAGCGUCCGUAGUAGUGGAAAUGCAUUGGCUCAAGUUACUAUGUUAGAUGGUACCGUUUUGGACAUCAGCAUUGAAAGAAAAGCCAAAGGGAAAGAACUAUUGGACAAAGUAUGUGAUGCUAUUAACUUGAUCGAGAAAGAUUACUUCGGAUUAGUGUACUCCGAUAGGCAUGAUCCAAGAAAUUGGUUGGAUCUGGACAAAAGAAUAAGCAAGUUCAUGAAAGUGGAUCCUUGGAGAUUUAGCUUUGAAGUAAAAUUCUAUCCUCCCGAUCCAGCGCAGCUACAAGAGGACAUAACCCGCUACCAGCUAUGCCUCCAGAUCCGUAACGAUAUCUUAUCUAACCGCCUGCCUUGUUCCUUUGUUACUCACGCCCUACUAGGCUCCUACCUUGUUCAGUCUGAACUAGGAGACUACGAUCCUGACACGAUGGGGCGUUACUAUCUCAAGGAUUUCAAAUUCGCACCAAAUCAAAGUCAGGAUUUAGAGGACAAGGUCUUAGAGCUCCACCGUACCCACAAGGGUCAGACUCCAGCAGAAGCUGAACUUAAUUAUUUAGAGAAUGCCAAGAAGCUGGCUAUGUAUGGGGUUGAUUUACAUCCCGCGAAAGAUUCGGAAGGCGUCGAUAUAAUGCUAGGUGUCUGCGCUUCGGGCCUUUUGGUGUAUAGAGAUCGAUUGAGAAUAAACAGAUUUGCCUGGCCGAAAAUUCUGAAAAUUAGUUAUAAAAGGCAUAAUUUCUACAUCAAAAUACGUCCGGGAGAGUUCGAACAGUUCGAAUCGACGAUCGGCUUCAAAUUGGCUAAUCACAGGGCAGCUAAGAAACUCUGGAAGACCUGCGUGGAACAUCACACGUUUUUCAGAUUGAUGUCGCCAGAAAUCAAUCAGAAGUCCUCUCUAUUCCCCAAACUGGGUUCCAAGUUCAGAUAUUCCGGACGAACGCAUUACGAAACGAAGAAAACUCCUAUCGAACGCCCAGCGCCACAAUUCGAAAGAUCGUUGACUGGAAAACGUCUAGCUUCGCGCAGCAUGGAUCCUCUUGGAGGAAUAAGACCCGAAGACGAAUAUAACGAAGGAAACAAACGACAUACGAUGCCGCAUCCACCCGAGCAUAUUCCCGAUAUCGACAAUCAGGCUCCUGCCAAGGUCAAGUCUCCGAAAGAGAAGAAGGACAAGGAAAAGCUUGCGAGGAAACGCAGUUCUGGAUCCGUUAUGUCUGGAAGCUCGGCCAGUUCAGUGGAGGGGGAGUACGAAGCCGAAAAGAAUCAGAAGAAACCAGUCGGCGGGGUACCCGUACUACCCUCUGGUGGUUUGUUCAAAAACAAAGAUAAGAAGGGGGAGAAAGAUAAGGAGAACCGCGACGCUAACACUCCCGAACAAAACGGUAUCGAUACCGAACCCCAAGUGAUUCCGACAAAUGAAAAUGACAAAUCUCCAAAGGAUAAGAAGGAGAAAUCGAAGAGUCCUUCCCUAUUUGGUCUUAAAAAGGACAAAUCGCCGAAAGACAAAAAAGAGAAAGAAAAGAUCGCAGCCGCAGCCGAUAAAGAAAAGGGUUCGCCUUACACCAAGGAGUACGAGUUCGAAGCGCCUGAAAACGAAGUGACCCCGCGCAAACCCUACACUCAAGGGUUCAGCUACGAAAGUCCUCCCUCGCCUUCCAGCCCGAAAAGUGGCCCUGAAAACCAACAAUCGCCCUCAACUAAGAGAGCCACAGCGACUGCUUUCAAUUACGCUCCGGGCGAUGUAGACAAGCUGAAUAAAUCGGCGUUUAAAGAUCCUAAAGUUGACACUGCCGCGUUUCUGGCUGGUGAGCAGUAUUCGCGAGAACCUCCUCACAAGGCCAGUUCUGCGUUGGGUGCAGGCAUUGCCGGUGCCGUACCCGGAGCUAUCGUGAAGAAGAGGCCUGUUAAACUGAUAGUGGUUACCGGUAACAGGGAUCCUAAGACGACUCAGAUAGAUUUAGACUCCGCCACUGUGGACCAAAUCGUAGGCCAACAGAACACCGAAACCGGAUUAAUUGAUUGCAAAUAUGGCCUCAUCGAUCCUUCUAAUGGAACCGUUAUCAUAACCGAUCCAACAAAUGGUCAGAAAGAAGUAGUACAGGGUUAUAUCGACCCUGUAACUAAACAAAUCAUUAUUACUUCGGGUUCCGUUAUCGACCCCAAAACUGGCAAAAAGAAUUCGUCUCUGGGACAAAUCAUAUCUAUUUCGGAACUACAACCCAAAGCUACUAGUAAAUUGACGCCUAUACCAAAAAAACGCCUCAUCAAAAUCACCGUUACGACGGCCAAAAAAGAUCCAAAGACCGGUAGGAUCGAAGCAGAAAAAGGCACCACGGAAACCAUCGAAGCCAUUUUGGAUCCGGUCUCUGGACAAAUUGAAUGUAAAUAUGGGGUUAUCGAUACUUUCAAUAGCAAGAUUACAACCAAAGACCCCAAAUCGGGAAAAACCGACGUUUAUCCCGUUGAAAUAGAUAAUAACUUGGGUCACAUCGUCGUCAAACAAGGCGUGGUGGAUCCCAAGUCCAAUAAAGUUGACAACAGCUUGGGUCAGCUCAUUAAGAUUGCAGAAAAGGGAGACUCUAUAGUUCCUGUUACUGCCGUAACGGCAAAGCGAGAUCCCAAAACAGGGCAGUUGGAUCCUUCACAAGCACAUAAAGAAACGACAAAUGGUAAAAUAGACCCCGCUAAUGGAUUAAUCCUUAGUAAAUACGGCAAUGUUAAUGUUAAAAAUAAGAAAAUUUCAUCUCGGGAUCCAAGAACAGGCAAAGUGGAAGAUCACCCCAUCCAAUUUGAUUCCAAUGAGAAUAUUAUAGUAUUGUCUGGUGUUGUCGAUCCAAGAACUGGCGUCAGAGACAACAAUUUAAGUCAAAUCCUUCAAAUUGAUUCCGAGAUAGAUCCAGAAGUAGUUGUGACUUCAGUAUCCGGCAAGGUAGACAAGAAAGGAUUGGAUCACAAGAAUUGUUCCGCCCCAGAAAAAUCUACGGGUCUUUUCGAUCCGGACACCAAAAAAGUUUACACUAAGUAUGGCGUAUUUGACCCAGUAAACGAGACUCUUAGCUUCUUCGACUCCAAAACUGGUAAAACAGAAUUUAAACAAGGACAUCGAGACCCAGCAACAGGAGAAGUCUUGUUCAAAGGGCUUAUAAACCCCAAAACUGGUAAAGUUGACAACAACUUUGGAAGAACCCUCAAAAUCGAGAUUUUGGAGCCAAAAGCUGAUCCUGCUCUAAGCGCCAUUUCUACUCCCGUCAAAGAACCUAAGAAGGCCAUUCCAGUGUCUCCAGUAACAGCACCCGUCGCAGUAGCUGCCAAACCUCGAGACAAAAACAAGGUUAUUAAAUUAUUAGUGGUCACUGCUAAGAGAGAUCCGAAAUCGAAUCAGUUGGACCUAGAAAAUGGUCACGUAGAUCAGUCUGCUGGUAUUUUACAUCCGUCAGGAGAAAUAGAUUCCAAGUACGGCUUGAUAGACCCAAAGAAAGGUACGAUUACUAUCACCGAUCCAUCUACCGGUAAGCAAGAGACGGUGCAAGGACGAAUCGAUCCGGUUUCAGGUCAAAUUCAGAUAGUUAAUGGGCCGGUGAUUGAUCCUAGAACAGGCAAGAAAGAUGCCAAUCUGGGUCAAGUAAUAACAAUUUCCUCGUACGAGCCAAAGGAGAACGCUAAACCUAUUAAACAUGCCCUUCCAUCACAUCCUAUCCCUAAAAAGAGGGUUAUUAAGAUAUUGGUUAUAACCAGCAAGAAAGAUCCAGCUACUGGCAGAAUAGACACAGAGAAAGGUGCUGUGGAGAAACUUACUGCAACCGUUGAUCCGGUUAGCGGUAUAAUUGAGUCGAAAUAUGGCAAGAUCGAUCCCCAGAACAACAAAGUUGUCCAGAAAGACAAGUCUGGAAAGCCAAUCAUUACUCCUAUCGAGGUAGAUGAAAACACUGGACAAAUAUACAUAAACGAUAAUAUAAUAGACAACAAGAGCGGUAAAGUUGAUCCUAAUCUAUCCCAAGUGAUCAAUGUAGUUGAUCCUCAACAUCCGGCAGUGAUCAUUACGACAAUUACAGCCAGUAGAGACCCCAGUACUGGCGCUGUUGAUUUGGCUCAUGGCAGGGUCGAAGCUUCAAACGGAAAGAUUGUUCCAGAAACUGGCGAAAUUGUCACUAAACACGGGACUAUCAAUUUGAAACUCAUGAGAAUCUUAACCCGUGAUCCCAAAACGAACAUUGUACAUGAACGGCCCGUUCAAGUCGACAAAGACGACAACAUUAUUAUUUCGUCUGGAGUUGUUGAUCCUAAGACUGGUAACGUUAAUCCUAAUCUAGUUCAGGUGAUACAGGUUGGACCUGAAGUGGACCCUGAAAUCCAAGUCAGAACUUACGUAGGAAAAGUCGACUCCAAAAAGAACACUAUUGAUUCCAAGAACGCAGUUCCAGACACAACUCCUGGCUUGUACGACCCAGACAAGAACAAGAUCUAUACUAAAUAUGGCCAUUUAGAUCCAGUCGAGGAAACUCUUACCAUAAUUGACCCCAAAACGGGCAAACCCGAUGUUAGACCAGGCCACAUUGAGCCCAACACUGGUGAACUAGUGUUUAAAGGUGGUUUUGUUAAUCCCAAAUCUGGAAAAGUGGAAAAGGAUAUGGGACGUGCCGUUUCUGUGCAUAUUACAGAACCUGUGGUUGAUCCGUUGGCCUCUCAACAACCAUCCGAGAGCGAUUUAUUGAAAGUUGCACCAGCAUCGGCGGUAUCGCCUCCAGCAAAGGCUACUCAAGAAAGAACUACUACCGCUACCCCUAUAAGAACUGCUGCUCCAGCCACACCUGUUAAAGAAAUCGUCACUGGUGUUCUUCAUCCGAUAGCCAAGCAUAGAAUAGUUAAAAUCAUGGUUAUAACAUCUAAAAAGGAUCCCAAGACUGGUAGCAUCGAUAUCGAGAAUGGUCACAUUGAACAUCUAACGGGUAUCGUUGAUCCGAAGAACGGUCUUAUUGAGACUAAGUACGGACAGUUGGAUCCUACUACGGGUUCGCUGAUAGCUCGAGAUACUUCAACUGGUAAAAGCGAGAUCAUCCAAGGAAAAGUAGAUCCAGUAACUGGUCAUGUUGUUGUCAACGGUGGUCCAGUUAUCGAUCCUAAGACUGGCAAGCCAGAUCCGACCCUUGGUCAAGUCUACUCUAUCGUCGGACUGAAACAAGCCCAAGAUCCUAACGCAGCUCCAACACCUAAAAAACGUAUAAUCAAAAUUACGGUCAUCACCACCAAAAUCGAUCCAAAGACCGGCAAGAUCGAUUCAGAGAAAGGACAAAUCGAACAGUCCACGGCAUUGUUGAACCCAGAGACAGGUCUGAUCGAAUCCAAAUAUGGUCUAAUAGAUCCAAAGAAUGGCAAGCUUAUCAUAAACGAUCCAAAAACCGGGAAGGUGGACGCUAAAUCCGCUCAGGUGAAUGAAACGAACGGCCAGAUUCUGGUAGCUAGCGGAGUGACGGAUCCCAAAACUGGAAAAGUCGACAGUUCUCUGGGUCAGAUUAUCAGCAUUGCGGGUCAAAAUGAUCCCGUCUUGGAAAUAACCACUAUAACCGCAAAGAAAGAUCCUAGAACUGGAACUAUUGAUUUAAAUAACGGGCAGAUGGAGCACUCCAAAGCCAAAAAGAUUUCUGCUACCGGCGAGAUAGAAACUAAAUACGGUACGGUUGAUAUAAAGUUACUGCAGAUCACGACUAAAGAUCCAAAGACAGGAAAAUUAGAAACAAGACCAAUUCAACUGGACGCGGAGGGUAACAUUAUUAUAACAACUGGCGUGAAAGAUCCUAAAACUGACACUGUAAAUCCCGACCUAUGUCAAGUAAUCAAAGUAGGUGCGGAGGUUGAACCCGAGGUACAAAUUAUCACUUUCGUCGGCAAAUUCGACCCUAAAAAGAACACCAUUGAUAGCAAACAUGUUGUUCCUGAGGUCUCGAAUGGUUUGUACAACCCUUCCACACACAAAAUAGAUACCAAAUAUGGUCAAAUAGAUCCAUUAAAGGGUACAUUGACUUACACGGAUCCCAAAACAGGGCGCACUGAGAGUAAACAAGGAGUCGUCGAUCCAACAACGGGUCAGAUCUUGUUCAAAGGAGGUUAUAUCAACCCGAAGACCGGCAAGCCAGAUCCCAGCUUCGCUAGGAUCAUAUCGAUCCUUAUCAGCGACCCACAAGUGGACAGUAAUGGAGAAAUUGUUAAAAGAGACAACAAGUCUGUUAAAAUUGACCCCAAAACUAAUCAGGUGUGGGUAUUCGACCAUCACGACCCAGUUACGAAAGAAGACGUUUAUUCAACUGGUCACAUCGAUCCAGUGACAGGCUACAUUAUAACAGUUUACGGAUACAUAGAUCCAAAAACAGGUACGAUUGCCAAGGUUGUUAAAGUUGACCCGAGCAAUGCUAAAGUCGACCCAGAAACAAACCAAGUGUUCACGAAAACGGCACAAGUUGAUGAAACCGGGGCAGCCCUUUAUUCUGCUUCCGAAAUCGACCCCAAAACUGGACAAAUAUACACGAAAUAUGGCAAGAUCGAUCCUAAGACUGGUAAAUUAGUUAUAGUUCGCAUCUACCUGAUCACCCAGAACGACCCAACCGGCAAGGUGAAGGAAAUCGAUCCUAAAGACUGUCAGUUUGAUGAAAAGACGGGAAGAAUUAUUAACGUAACGACUCAAACGGUGUACAUUUAUAGUAUGGUCGAUCCAAAAACGGGCAAAAUUGUCCAAGUUGAUCCAAACGAUCCGCUUGUGAAGAGUGCAAGUACGAAAGUGACACAAGUGUUAACUUUAUCAGGUGAAAUCGAUCCUGUUACUGGUAAAAUCCACACGGAAUGGGGCCACAUCGACCCACAAACCGGAGAUAUCGACCCUGCAACUGCCAAGAGAGACCCCGUUACAGGCGAACUUAUUUUGAAUUACGCCCAAAUUGAUCCCAGCCACUUCACCGAUCUGAAAGACACUAAAGUAAAAGUUAAGACUUACAUGAAAGGCGAUUCGUCCGGUGAUUCCAGCGACGACGAUUUGAAUGAGUACGCUUCUGACAAUUUGCAAGACCUGACCAAUUUGAAGAUGGGCAAGGGCAAUAAAGGCGGUGUCAGUACUCCUGUCAUUGUGAAAACGACCACCAAGCAGGUUGUUACGAAAGAUAAGGACGGCGUCGUGCAGAACAUCGAGGAAAGAGUAGAGGAUGGUCGCACAGGACAAGUUACCUAUUCUACACAUGUUAAUAAGGCCGAUGCACCAACCGACGAUGGCAAAUCGCCUUUUGUCACUGCUCGGGCCGUUACCACACGUACCGCCACCACCCACGAGGACUUGGGCACUAACGCACGUACCCAACAGCUGGAGGAAAAGACUGUCGCUCACUCUAUGACGUCGAGCGCCACCAGGCAAGAGCAGCGCACUGUGACGCAGGAAGUUAAAACCACCAGCACCGUUGUUAGCGGUGACCAGCUGGGCAGACGAGACAGCGUUAGUUCGACUAGCUCAGGUGACUCAGGCACACCCAUAGACCCGCCAGACGACCCCAACCACCCAUAUUACAACAGUUCAUUAUACAAGGACAACAUUCCCGAAGGUAUAGUGCAGACGGAGAGCGUCGUCUAUCGCGGCGAUCCCACCAUCAUAACUUCCACAACUAGCGUUCCGGUCGUUGCUACCGAAGCUCGCAAAGUGAACUUAACCUCCGAAGACGGAAGUUACAGUGCCACGGGCGAAAUCGUCAGCUCGCAGACUAUCAGCUCCAAAACUAGAACUGUGGAAACUAUUACUUAUAAAACUGAAAGAGACGGAGUCGUGGAGACCAGAGUGGAGCAGAAGAUUACCAUCCAGUCGGACGGCGACCCGAUCGACCACGACAGAGCUUUAGCCGAGGCCAUCCAAGAGGCCACGGCCAUGAACCCUGACAUGACUGUGGAGAAAAUUGAGAUUCAACAGCAAACAGCGCAACAGCAAUAAUACAGUUAUAUGGAGCUAAUUCAAGCUAUGAAAUGUACCCGCCAGUGUGUUUUCGAAUUCGACACACAAUAUUUAUGUUAAGCUUUGCUUGAAUAUUAGUGUUUUCGCAUAAAAAGUUGCCGACAAUUUGUGUAUUAUAAAAAAAUUUAUUAAUUUAAUUUAGGGUUAAGUUUCAUGUAUAAUUCUUGUGAGCGUGUCUCACAUCACGUUUUUAUCAAUUGGGUAGUCACCAAAAUUUAUAUUUAGCUCGGGUGGGUUAUGGUCAUUUUUUAUUUUUAUACAUAUAUGUUUGUUUAUUUGUGUCAAACACUUAUUUUUACAUAUGUCUUAUUUAUUAUCUGUUACGGUAAAUACACUUUCAGAGAAAAAAUUCUGGGUCGCGGAUAAAUUCGCGACGAGUUGAUCAAAUUCUAUGCAUACUGCGAUAAGGUGCUUUAACGUUUAGAUGUACGAAUCUCAAAAUAUAAAUUCAUAUGUGUUCAAAAAA